AAUUAGGAAAUCAGAACGAGUUUGAACAUCCUUGCCAACGGUUGGAAGCUGCUUGCCAUUCCGGUAGAAAACGCCAACGAGAUGAAAAAGGCAUUUUAUUCUCGCACUAAGCUUAUCAGCUUAGUCGGCGUUCAAUUUCUGCUGUUGGCAACAUACCUGUCCCGUGAAGUCUUCGGUUGCCACGAGAAUCAGCUAUGUUUAACGCCGCGAAACCGGAUUGGUACCUAUUUAACACGAGCCACUUAUCUUACACUGUCCGAGAAAUAUCAAAACUUAUGUUUGGGUAUAUGUAAUUACAACAAAACGACACAGCUUAUAUGCUGCGCCACGCAGGAUGUUCCGGCAGACAAAAGAUUAUCGCAAGUUCAAUGUGAAUAUGACCACCGCGAUUUGGGCUUCAUAUUCAUAGUACAUGGCACCGUAGCGAGAGCAAAUGAAUUUCCCUUUAUGGCGGCUAUAGGUUGGCGCACAUUUGACAAUGCAAUAUCAUAUCAAUGUGGUGGCACCUUAAUCAGCAACAGAUAUUUGCUAACAGCUGCACAUUGCCUCUAUCAUUCAAGCGAACCACCCGUUAUGGUUCGUCCUGGUGGUUUUGAUUUGGACGAUGCUGGAGCAAAGGAUAUUGCAAUCGAUCAAAUCUAUGUACAUCCUGGCUAUGAAUUUCCAGGAAUAUACAAUGAUAUUGCAAUUAUAAGUUUAAAGGAAGGAUAUUUUGCAGAAAGUCAGGGAAAUACUGGUCCAGCCUGUGUCUGGGCUCAACCGUUGUAUGCUGCAAAUGUUACAGCUAUUGGUUAUGGGAACACACAAUUUGCUGGAUUAUCUUCGCCCAAAUUAUUGAAAGCCAACCUUACAAUACUGUCAAAUCAACAAUGCGCGCAAUACUAUGAAGAAGAUACGGAUUCUCUAAAUCAUGGAAUUAUAUACUCGCAAAUUUGUGCAAAUGAUGAGAUAAAAUUACGUGAUACUUGUCAGGGUGACUCCGGCGGGCCCAUUAUAAUGUAUCGCAAUCUAGGUAAGGGCUACUAUGAAGCACCGUAUAUAGUUGGCAUAACAUCUUUCGGAAUUGGCUGUGGCACUGGCACACCAGGAAUCUACACACGCGUCGCCAGCUACAUAGACUGGAUUGAGAAAAUUGUGUUCUAUUAAUUAAUGUUGUGCAAGAGGCCAACAAAAUGUACUAAAUACUUUAUGCUAAUGCCAACAAAUUUUAAGGAACUAUAUUAUACCAAUAAAAAGCGAAAGCAAAAAUAAAAUCAAAACAAAAUAUGUGGUCAUAAGCAAUAAUCGCCUAAGUCGAAAAACCUGAAUUCGA